GGGGCGUUCAGGCAGCAUAUUGGUGUUUCCUUGUCCCGCGGGUGCUGUGGAGACUCUAUUAUAUGUCUUUAGUGGCCUUUGCUAAAGGUUUCCCUGCGGCUGCCGCUUCCACACUUUUCCUCCGCUCCCUCGUCCCUAAGCCAUGGCCAGCAGCAGCAGCAGCAGUAGUAACAGUAGUACGAGCAGCAGCGCUCUAAGCGGGCGUCUCCCGGGGGCCCGCAGCGCUAACCCACGAAAGGCCCGUAUACUGGGCUUGUUCGAUGCCAUCCAGGAUGCCGUGGGACCCCCGAAACAGGCAGCGGCCGACAGGAGGACCGUGGAGAAGACCUGGAAACUGAUGGACAAAGUGGUAAGAUUGUGCCAGAACCCAAAGCUACAGUUGAAGAACAGCCCACCUUACAUACUUGAUAUUUUACCCGACACAUAUCAACAUUUACGACUGAUUCUUAGCAAAUACGACGACAACCAAAAACUGGCACAGCUGAGUGAAAAUGAGUACUUUAAAAUCUACAUUGACAGCCUAAUGAAGAAAUCCAAGCGGGCUAUACGACUCUUCAAAGAAGGGAAAGAGAGAAUGUACGAGGAGCAGUCACAGGAAAGGCGAAAUCUUACCAAACUUUCCCUAAUAUUUAGCCACAUGUUGGCAGAAAUAAAGGCAAUCUUCCCAAGUGGCCAGUUUCAAGGUGAUACUUUCCGUAUCACAAAAGCUGAUGCUGCGGAAUUCUGGAGGAAAUUCUUCGGAGAGAGAACUAUAGUUCCAUGGAAAAUAUUCAGACAGUGCCUUCAUGAAGUUCAGCAGAUUAGCUCUGGUUUGGAAGCUAUGGCUCUUAAAUCUACAAUCGAUUUAACAUGUAAUGAUUAUAUUUCUGUGUUUGAAUUUGAUAUCUUUGCAAGACUAUUUCAGCCAUGGAGCUCCAUUUUAAGGAAUUGGAACUUUUUAGCGGUUACCCAUCCUGGAUAUAUGGCAUUCCUCACAUACGAUGAAGUAAAGGCCCGCUUACAGAAAUAUAGCCUUAAACAUGGGAGUUACAUUUUCCGGCUGAGUUGCACAAGACUUGGGCAGUGGGCAAUUGGCUAUGUAACUGCUGGUGGGAACAUCUUGCAAACAAUACCUCAUAAUAAACCAUUGUUUCAAGCUCUGAUUGAUGGCAGUCGAGAGGGAUUCUACCUCUAUCCUGAUGGAAGAAGUUAUAAUCCUGAUUUGACUGAUCUGUGCGAACCUACUCCACACGAUCAUAUAAAAGUUACACAGGAACAAUAUGAAUUGUAUUGUGAAAUGGGCUCAACGUUUCAGCUGUGCAAAAUUUGUGCAGAAAAUGACAAGGAUGUAAAGAUUGAGCCUUGUGGACACUUGAUGUGUACUUCCUGUUUAACAUCAUGGCAGGAGUCUGAUGGCCAGGGCUGUCCUUUUUGUCGCUGUGAGAUUAAAGGUACAGAGCCAAUAAUAGUUGAUCCUUUCGACCCAAGAGAUGAAAACAGGUGUUGCAGUUUUAAUGACAGUUUGUGUACUCCUAUGUUUGACUUUGAUGAUGAUGAUUUGAGAGAAGAAUGCUUGAUAAUGAAUCGACUAGCUUCUCUGAGAAAGAUGAAUGAACGACAGAACUCACCAGUGACGUCACCAGGGUCUUCUCCACUCUUACAGAGGAGAAAAACACCUCCUGAUCCAGUGCAGAUACCCCAUCUUAAUCUUCCUCCAGUGCCUCCACGAUUGGAUUUGAUUCAGAGGGGGUUAGCUCGCUCACCUUGUGCCAGUCCGACUGGGUCACCAAAGUCAUCUCCAUGUAUGGCCCGAAAACAAGAUAAACCACUUCCAGCACCACCACCUCCAUUAAGGGAGCCUCCUCCACCCCCAGAAAGACCACCCCCAAUUCCACCUGACAGCAGGACAUGUAGACAUUUACAUCAUGCAGAGAAUGUGCCUUGUAGAGACCAGUCUACACCAAAUGAAGCCUGGUGCACAAGAGACCUUUCUGGUGGCAACCAGCCUAGUGUAUGUCGUGUAACACAUGAUGGUUCACCAAAACUUGGUGUAUCUAGCUCAGUCUUAAAUGGAAGGCACAGUCGUGUGAGUACUGAAGCUGGAUUUAUGCGUCAUAAGCAUCAUAAACGUCGUGAAUCACCGCUAGAAACUCAUAGGGUUUAUAAUGGUCUUUCAGGAAAUGAAGAAUACGAUGUGCCACCCCGGCUUUCACCUCCUCCUCCAACAAUCACUAUCCAUCCUACUGUUAUAUGUCCUUUGUUAGCAAAUUCUGCAUCAGACAAAGUGAGAAAUUCUGCAGAAGAAGAUGACAGUGAAUAUAAAAUCCCCUCAUCUCAUCCUGUGUCCUCUCGGCUGCCUCUUCACUGCCAUAGUAUUAAACAUUUUCCAAGACUCUGUGAGAAUGGACAGUGUUUGUCAAAUGGGGCACACAAUGGCAUAUCUGAAAUAAAAAACUGAAACCACCAGAUCAAGGUGAUGUCAUUGCCACUGUACCAGUCCCUUUGCCUCCAACACGAACUUCGGCGAGAGAAAACCACCCACAUGGUUCUUCUCUUACCAGGACUCCAUCUGAUUAUGAUCUUCUGGUUCCCCAUCCAGAUCCCUGUCCAGAAGCCCCGUUGCCACCAGCCAGACGAGGACCAGGGGAAGUCACAUCGAACAGACUUUCCCAAGAGUAUGAUCAGCUUCCAUCAUGUCCAGAUUGCCCCCAGGCACCAGCGAGACCCCCCAAGCCAGUCCCCCGCAGGACUGCACCAGAAAUACACCACCGGAGACAUUACAAUUGUGACUCAUUAGCUGAAAACUUAGAUGCCAAAAUUGCUAAAUUAAUGGGUGAGGGGUUUCCAUUUGAAGAAGUCAAAAGGGCUUUGGAAAUUGCUCAGAAUAACGUAGAUGUGGCACGAAGUAUACUAAGAGAAUUUGCCUUCCCUCCUCCUGUCUGCCCUCGUCUACACCUAUAGGAAUAUUGCCCAUAACUCUGACUUAACUGCAAAAAGCAGAGAAGAAGAAUGGAUUUCAUUUCUCUUGUCACAAUCAUUCCAGCAUUUUGUCAAAACUAUGGCAGUGCUUAAAAGCUUGAAUGCUAUCUUAGCUGGCCAUGUGUCGGAAAUUGGAAAAGAAAAUCCAUGAUGUUUGCCAUUUAGGAGAAUGUUUACCCCCUUAAAGUAAAUCUGUGAAUUUUUUUAGUCUGUUUAAAAGCUGGUAAGUUUCAUAGUUUGCUUCUUUUAAUGUUAUUUUGACAGCACUUUCUGACCUCAUUGCAUUCUUGGAAAAUGCCUUUUUGUUUUCCCUUUUCUUUUAAUGUUGUGUUAUUUUAAUUUAUCCAAAACUGCAAGUGGCCUUCACUACUGACAUUCUGAGAGUAAUUUUGUAUUAUGGGUGAAUUAUUUGAAUGUAUAAUGAAUACAAAUUGUGUGACUAGGAUGCCUUUAUAAAAGUAUUUUGAUACAGUU